UGUUAACAAAUUCGUGUAAUGAUUUAGUAUGCUCAAAUGUAUACGACCCAGUCUGCGGUGAGGCUAUCGGUCUGCACAGACAGAAAGUGAUGAAAAUAUUCCAAAAUAUUUGUUAUCUUCGCCUGAUGCAAUGCCAGUUCAGAUUUACAGGCCUUGAACAGAUUCCAGACGAAUAUUGCAAUAUAGACAAGGUGAAAGUUUACCUUAUAUCCGGGCGUCGGCUUUACGACUUCAGCAUAGUAGGGGCGCACCAAGCCUGCAACCACACUUGCCCGACAUAUUGCCUGGACACAUAUGACCCGGCGUGUGCCCAGAUCUGGUCCAGCAACAUGCAGUCGUACCAUUACAGACCCAUGAUAAAUCACUGUCAUAUCGACAUGUACUCGUGUGUUGCUGGAGUCAAUGUCACAAUCCAGCCUCUGAUCGGCAAGUGUUACAAUAACCCAUCUGCAAUAGACUUCAUGUUAACCGUCGCAUCAAUGAAAACACUGAAACUUCUAGACGAGCCCCCUCCUCAGCCACUCCCCGCACAAGGACGUACUCGAAGAGCUAACCACAACACAAAUGUCAACCAGCUGUUUAAAAAAGAAAUUAAAGAUUUCAUAAAGAAGCUCACAACUAAAAUAAAAACAUUCAGUUAA